AUGUCCACCACUUUUGACCUCUCAAAGCCUAACAGGACCAUUCACGCCGGAGUUAUCUUAACGGAUAGCGAGACCGAGAUUUUGGAUGUCGCCCCCAUUGAUUUCCUCAACGGCAUUACCCCGAAAUUCUGGAACAACGGUCUGAAAGGCUUCGUGCCGGAUGAAUACGAAUCACAGACUGUUGACAUCCAGUUCCAUUGGGUUUCCAAGAAUGGGCCUGCUUCGCCAAGCCACCUAACCGGCGGCAUCAAGCUCGUUACUACGGACUCUUUCGAAAGUUGCCCUCCACUGGACAUUGUUCUCAUCGGAGCUCAUGCCAUGGGCUACACUCCCGACGAUACCGAACUUGCCUUUGUCCGCAAAGCCUGGGAUGACUGUUCCGCCUUCCUUACCAUCUGCGGUGGAGUCUUGGUCCCUCUUCAGGCUGGUAUUCUCGAGGAUAAGAUUGCCACGGCUCCUAUAAUCAUUCUUGACAAUCUCCGAAAGCAGGCUCCUGGGACCAACUGGGUCACCAAGCGUUGGGCCAGAGACGGAAAACUGUGGACCAGCGGUGCACUUCUCAAUGGAACGGACAUGAUGACCAAUUUCUUGAAGGCUUACUGGGGAAAGAGUGAUGAUAGCUUGGUUGGCUUUCUGAGCAAGCUGGGUGCGUGGCCGGACCGUGAUAUUGACUACAAGGAUGUAGUUUAG